GCUAGGGAAAUAUUGUUCAAGGAGAAUACUGCUGUGUGAUACCAACUGAUUUACAUUCAAAGAAAACAAUUCAUGAAACAGUGAGUGGUCAUGUUAUUGGUGCCAGCGUCGGGGCAUCUUCGCCGUGUUCGAUUCAGUAAAAAAUAAUGAAAAUCUGUUUACUGUCACUUGGUAAUAAAAAUGCGCCCGCUUAACCAGAGAAUUGGGAGGAGUUUUCCUUACAUAGUACAGAACCAUUAAAUCUUCAUUGGAUAUUUUCAUUGUGAAAGAUCACUGUUUGAUUGAGCGAGACAUUAGAAGAGAUGGUAAAUGAUUGACAACAAAGAUUUAGAACAUUUUCACCAAGAGCUUUUUUCUCCCAACCUUUCGAAUUCUCUUUUGAAGAAAAAAAGUAUUUUAUACACCUACGAUUGGUUGUGUGAGUGGAGAUUAUUUUUAAUCUCAGACAAAAAAGAAUCAUGUUCGUAUAGGUGGGAUAUUUAAAGAAGAAACGAUUGGUGGUCAAAAAGUGCCGCUUUGUUUAAGCGUGAAAGAGAGGUUGUAUUUUAGUUCAGAAUCCUCUUACCGCUCGCCGAUAGGGUUGAAUUGAGCCAUUUUCACUGUAGGGAAAUACCACGUUAGAAGAUGCUAACAUGUUCGACUUAGACCAGGAUGUCUUUGCAAUUCUGAGUUUUUUCCAUGUCAAUACGGUAGCAUCAGUAGAUUUGACUGAGGCCAGAGAAAAGGCGAGCGGAAUUUCAUACUCCACGGGGCCAACUCAAGCAACGAAACAAGAGGACCCCUUGUAUCGCCUUAAACUCGUGUCUGACGUGUGUUUGUCCUCCGAGGAAUAUCGGAUUUGAAAGUUUUUUUUUCUUUGAUAAAAAACAAAACAGCAACUAUGAUAUCAAGGCUAUUUAUUGAUAUAAAAUUCUUAAAACUUUUGAAGACUUUACCGUGUUCUGUGCAUUCUUAUCCCGGGUGGAGCGAUGUGUAAAGCCAAACUCAAAGUUGCAGGUGCCUUCGCCAUGAUAUUCUAUCACAUGUUCUUUAUCAUAGUGAUUUUGCCGUCAUCCAUUUCGAGGUCACGGACUAAACUCUCACUCUGGAUCGAUGAAAAACAAAUAGCUAGCUUUUUCGGGCUUCCCCUGGAAGUGUUCAUUAUCAGUGAUGGAUCUGUUGCGCCAUAUUUACUUGAUCCCAAUGUGGAGGAAAGUAUACCCGUCAUUCCACCGGAAGUAGAAACCGUUAACCUCACCUGGGAAGCAGGACCGGAUAUGUUCACGUACUGGUUUGAUGAUUUGCAGUCUAUGGAUGAAAACCUGUUAUAUAAACCACUUCUUAGCAUUCCAUCAUCUGGUAUAAUACCAGGCGGACCAAAAAUUUUUCAGAUGUCUAUCCCUUGCACAGGGAGGGACUCCGGCAUUGCAGGACUAGAGCUGGGGCUACAAAUUUUCAAUAAAAAUGGCCGACCAAUACGUGGAUCACCCAUGAAAUUAAAGCUUAAAAAACAAUGCAAUGCAAUAGUUGCAUCGGAUCUCUGUACCUUUGACUGUCUUAAUGGAGGUCGUUGCAGCCAACACGGCUUCUGUGAAUGUGCGCAAGGUUUCCACGGUCUUCUCUGUGAAAAAUCUUUGUGUGAUCCUGCUUGUGAAAAUAACGGCACUUGUAUGUCACAGGAAGUUUGCAUUUGUCCCGAUGGGUUUUCCGGUAAAAGAUGCGAGAGGGGUAAGGCUGGGGACGGCGCUCAAUCUCUGUGCAAAUCACCAUGUCAACAUGGAGGACGGUGUAUUCAAGAAGAUGUCUGCUGGUGUACAUCUGGUUACCUUGGCAACGCAUGUCAAUAUAGCAAAUGCAAACCCCAUUGUCAAAAUGGUGGAACCUGUAUAGGUGUUAAUAAAUGUCGGUGUCCUGUUGGUUACCAGGGUAACUUAUGUCAACAACGACGGAGUAGAAGAAGGAAAGGUCUUACUGGAUAUGGAAAAAAUAAGAAAGUCAGAAAGAAUAAAAAGAAAAAGAAGAAGAAAAAGAAAAAGAAGAAAAAGAAGAAGAAAAAUAAGAAUUUGGAUAGGAAAAAAAUAAAGAAUCCUAAAAAUAAGAAAACGAAGACGAGGCUUAAAUUAAGAAAAAGAAAGAAAACGUUACUAGCGGAAAUUACUAGGUUUGCAAGACGAAAACGGAGAAGGCAACAAAGACAACGUGAGAAAGCACAGCGAAGGAAGGAAAAAACCAAAAGGAAACGGAAACCAUUUGUUAGGUGAUAAAGAGCAGAACCUUUCCAAUGUGGAAUAUCUAAAUACGGAAUUUUCUUCGUACAUGUGUUGUGCCGGUUGAAAUAAUACGGGUCUUUAAUUGACACAACAGAAAAACAAUGGAACUUAGCAAAAGUCCAAUCCUCACUGUCUGUGAUAAAAAUAUGCAUUGUGGACAAGGGACGAAUGCACGUGAAGCAAUAUGUAUUCUCUAUUUAAUUCUUGUAUGACAUUUGUUGUUUUUACAUGUACACGUGACAAGGCAAUGCUAUGAUGAAUGUUUGUAUUGGAAUACAUGCCUAAACUUAUCGCAUUACGCAUUAAGGAUCUAAUCAACUUUGCUAUAUUUCUGGAACAUAAAUUAAGAAAGACAGAUUAAACCCCAUCAUUGCACAGUGAAAUCAAUUACUCAAAUUUUCUGGGAAUGAAAAAGGGCUUGAUCUUACUUGGAAACUACCUAUGAUGAAGCUACCAAUUAUUCUUUUAUCAAAAUAACGUGUUAGACAUAAUUUGUAAGAUCCUUAUUUAAAGUGAGAUUUACCUCUGAAAGUAAUGAGCAAAAUGAGAGGGGAAAUAUUGGUUUUAAUUAAAACCAAGUGUUUUAAUAAAGCACGUGUUUUCCCCCUUUCUGACCUUCCUUUCACGAUGAUUUUAAUAUUUCCAUGUGUAUUACAGAAUUUUAUGUUGGUAAAUAAACUCAAAAUAUUUGGAAUUAAGGAGGGCUAUUUAACGUCGCUAUUGAUAAAAUUAGAAUUUCGUGUAUUUGAAUUCAUAACAGGAUAUGAUGUAUUACAAUGAGCAAACGACAAAAAUAUAUGUAAUUCAGAGUUUGGAGUAUAGAAUAUGGUUGUCAAUAUUUGAUAACCUUUUUAUAAGUAUGACGAAAAUGGCAAGGUGACGAGAUGCAGAUUCGAUUUAUAAAUAACACACGAUCAUUAGAACAUAUUACCGUUUUAUGUAUUUAUUAUAAAUAGCUUCUGGGCUAUUUUGAUAAUUGUGUAAAACAUAAUGAACGAAAAUAAAAUUAUUUUGUUCUAAA